AUGGAGUCGGCAACAGCAACAGCGCCCGCACCCGCUGCAGCAGCAGCACCAGCUGCUCCCGCCUCUACCCCAACCUCACCAGCGGCAGCAACACCCGCUACAGCAGCGGCACCUGCAUCGACAGCGCCAGCAGCAGCUCCGGCUCCAGCAGCAGCAGCACCACCAGCAGCAGCACCAGCAGCAGCCCCUGCCCAGAAAUCCGAUCCGGUUUCAGCGGACAGCAAGAGUUCAGAAGCGGUGGUUUCGGGUUUUGAUCAGGAAUGGGCUGAGCUGCAGAAGCUGCAGGAUUUGCAGGAAGAUGCGGAGUUCGGGUCACUGCUGCAGCCGGGAGAAGGAGGAGCAGCAGACGGAGCAGCAGCAGCAGCUGCUGCUGCUGCAGCAAACGAUGCAGAUAAACGGUCUGUUUACGUUGGAAAUGUGGACUACUCGGCGACUCCUGCAGAUUUGCAGGAACAUUUUAAAGGUUGCGGACCAAUCAAUAGAAUUACAAUUAUGGUCGACAAGUUCACAGGACACCCCAAGGGUGCUGCUGUUGUUGCUGCUGCUGCUGCUGCAGGAUAUGCUUACAUUGAGUUCGGCUCCGAGCUUGCUGCUCAGCACGCGGUUGUUUCGAAGAGAAAGAACAUUCCAGGGAUGUCUCGCGGUAGAGGUGGCGCGUGGAGACCUCGGGAGGUCGAGGCGGCGGUGGCUUCAGGCCGCUUUAUAGAGGCCGUGGGGGAGCUGGCAGGGGUUAUGGCAGGCCGUACUAAGCACUAA